CAUAAAACAAAGUUAGAGCUAAAAAAACAUAAGCAUCAACUUCUUAUUUUCUCUGUACGUCCAAAUCUCUCCUCUUCCUCAAAAAUUUCUCUCCGAUGAAACUCCAUACAAAACAACUACCCUUCGGUUGGCUAACCAAUCUCCAAACAAUUCCAAAACUACUACUCCUAUCAGCUACUCUCCUUCUACCUCUCACCUUCAUCUUCUUCUGUAGCAACAAGUCUUUUCUUCUUCUUCCUUAUCCGUCUUCGUCUAGAAUCAUAUCCGACUCUAACACGAGCAGUUCGAUAUUAGAAAUAGAUAGAGAGUGUGAUAUAUCGAGAGGCGAAUGGGUUCAGGAUUCAGAUGCACCGUAUUAUACGAACAUGACUUGUUGGACGAUUCAAGAACAUCAGAAUUGCAUCAAGUAUGGGAGGCCGGACAUGGGGUUCUUGAAGUGGAAGUGGAGGCCGAACGGGUGCGAGUUGGUUCAUUUUGACCCUACCCAGUUCUUGGAGGUUGUCAGGGGGAAGUCUCUGGCUUUUGUUGGGGAUUCUUUGGCGAGGAAUCAGAUGCAAUCUUUGAUGUGCCUCUUGUCUAAGGUCGAAUAUCCGAAAGACAUCUCAAACGCCACGGACGAGAACUUCAAGCGCAUGCUCUACUCCUCCUGCAACUUCACAAUCUCAAUCUUCUGGUCUCCAUUUUUAGUAAAAUCCGAAGAUCCAAACGAUCAAACCACUCUCUGGACUCUAUACUUAGAUGAACCAGACGAAGCAUGGUCAACCAAAAUCGACGAUUUAGACUACAUAAUCAUAUCCGACGGGAAUUGGUUCAGUAGACCCUCCAUGUUCUACGAAAACAAGAAACUAGUCGGAUGUCACUUCUGCCAAGUUCCAAAUGUAACUGACUUAACCCUUCAUUACUCUCACCGAGUGGCUUUUAGAACCGCGUUAAAGGCGAUAAAUAGAUUGCCAAACUUUAAGGGGAUGGUUAUGCUGAGGACACUGUCACCCUCUCACUUUGAGAACGGGGAGUGGAACAAUGGAGGGAAUUGUGUGAGAACGAAGCCAUUUCGAGGAAAUGAGACGAAGAUGGAGGAGAUGGAGUUUAAGCUUUAUAGAGCUCAAGUCGAGGAAUUUGAGAAGGCAAAGACGGAAGGGCUGAAGAGGGGAUUAGAGUUUAGGAUGAUGGAUACGACGCAAGCGAUGUUGUUGAGGCCGGAUGGGCAUCCGAGUAGAUACGGGCAUCGGGCUCAUGAGAAUGUGACAUUGUACAAUGACUGCGUCCAUUGGUGUUUGCCUGGGCCUGUUGAUGUUUGGAACGAUUUCUUGUUUCACGUGUUGAGGUUGUGAGAUUUUGAGAAUGGAUUUUUCCGGCAGGGGUAUGCUGACCGUUUAUAUUUUGAUUUGAUUGCUUUUGACAAG